GCGUUUUUGUGUUUAUUCCUGCGGGACUAGGGGGAAUAUUGUGGCCACGCGGUGCCAAGGGACGCGCGUUUCAUUGCCCGCGGCAGGCGCAGCUACUGCGAGAGGGCGCGGGCCGGCCGGGGCGCCAUUAGCGCAGGGCCUCGGCUGCUGCCGCGCGCCGCGGCGGCGCCAUGUCAGGCUUCAGCCCCGAGCUCAUCGACUACCUGGAGGGCAAGAUCUCCUUCGAGGAGUUCGAGCGGCGGCGGGAGGAGCGCAAGAGCCACGAGAAGGAUGGUGAAAAUGCAUCUGCAGAGGAAAAUGCAGAAGACAUAGAUGCUCCAUCUUCAUCUGGCAAAGGAUCUGGGAAAUCCCAAAGUCAGGAUGAAACAGACGGAGAAACUUCAGAUGGCGUCAGUAAAUCAGUCCAUCGUGUCUUUGCAUCCAUGCUUGGGGAAAAUGAGGAUGAGGAGGAAGAGGAAGAAGAGGAGGAAGAGGAAGAAGAAGAAACUCCUGAGCAACCCACAGCUGGAGAUGUUUUUGUGUUGGAGAUGGUACUUAAUCGAGAGACCAAGAAAAUGAUGAAAGAGAAAAGACCUCGCAGCAAACUCCCUCGUGCCUUGAGGGGUCUAAUGGGAGAAGCCAAUAUCAGAUUUGCUCGAGGAGAGCGGGAGGAGGCUAUUCUAAUGUGCAUGGAAAUCAUUCGACAAGCUCCUCUUGCUCAUGAGCCAUUUUCCACUCUUGCCAUGAUCUAUGAAGACCAGGGUGAUAUGGAGAAGUCCUUGCAGUUUGAACUGAUUGCAGCUCACUUAAAUCCUAGUGACACUGAAGAGUGGGUUAGAUUAGCAGAAAUGUCACUAGAACAGGACAAUAUUAAACAAGCUAUAUUUUGCUACACCAAAGCUCUGAAGUACGACGCGACCAACGUGCGCUACCUGUGGGAGAGAUCGAGCUUGUACGAACAGCUGGGCGAGCAUAAGAUGGCGAUGGACGGCUACAGACGGAUCUUGAACCUCCUGUCUCCCUCCGACGGAGAGCGCUUCAUGCAGUUGGCUAGAGACAUGGCCAAAAGUUAUUAUGAAGCCAAUGAUGCUACCUCUGCUAUCGAGAUAGUAGAAGAAGCUUUUACCAAGCACCAGAGCCUUGUCUCCAUGGAAGAUGUUAACAUAGCAGCUGAACUAUAUAUUUCUUCCAAACAGUAUGACAAAGCAUUGGCGGUUAUCACAGAUUUUGCAGGAAUUGUACUUGAAAAGAAAGUGUCAGAAAAAGGUCCUAUUGAGGAUAAAAAAGAUACAGAAGCGGUGACUGAAGCUCAGGAAAACCAGGAAGCAGUAGUUGACUGUCAAGAUAAUCCAGCUACUGAAUCUAGUGCUACAGCUGCAGAGAAAGUUAGCUGCCGCAUACCAGAGGGGGUCCCAAUAGACAUCACGGUGAAGCUGAUGGUGUGCUUGGUUCACUUGAACAUCCUAGAGCCGCUCAGUCCUCUUUUGACCACUCUGGUGGAGCAAAAUCCAGAAGAGAUGGGUGACUUGUAUCUGGAUGUUGCAGAGGCAUUUCUGGAUGUUGGAGAGUACAACUCGGCGCUGCCUCUCUUGAGCGCGCUGGUCUGUUCUGAACGGUACAACUUGGCUGUUGUCUGGCUUCGGCAUGCAGAGUGCUUGAAGGCUUUGGGACACAUGGAGCGUGCUGCGGAGAGCUACGCCAAAGUGGUUGAUCUCGCCCCAUUGCAUUUGGAUGCAAGAAUCUCACUCUCAACACUUCAGCAGCAGCUGGGCCGGCCUGAGAAAGCUCUGGAGGCUCUAGAACCAAUGUACGAUCCAGAUACACUGGCUCAGGAUGCUAAUGCUGCCCAACAGGAAUUAAAGUUGCUGCUCCACCGUUCAACACUCUUGUAUUCCCAAGGAAAAAUGUAUGGCUAUGUAGAUACUCUACUUACGAUGCUGGCAAUGCUGCUGAAGGUAGCAAUGAGCAGAGCUCAGGUGUGCUUGAUAUCCAGCUCCAAAUCUGGAGAGAGACACCUCUAUCUUAUUAAGGUGUCAAGAGAUAAAAUUUCUGACAAUGACGACCAAGAGACAGCAAAUUGUGAUGCCAAAGCAAUUUUUGCUGUUCUCACAAGUGUUCUGACAAAAGACGACUGGUGGAACCUCCUCCUGAAGGCUAUAUAUUCCCUGUGUGACCUCUCCCGGUACAAGGAGGCAGAGCUACUUGUGGAUUCCUCACUGGAAUAUUAUUCAUUUUAUGAUGAUAGGCAAAAACGCAAGGAGCUGGAAUAUUUUGGACUCUCUGCUGCAAUUCUGGACAAGAACUUCAGAAAAGCUUACAAUUAUAUCAGGAUAAUGGUAAUGGAAAACGUCAAUAAGCCUCAGCUCUGGAACAUCUUCAAUCAAGUCACUAUGCAGUCUCAGGAUGUCCGUCACCAUCGCUUUUGUCUCCGAUUAAUGCUGAAAAACCCUGAUAAUCAUGCACUGUGUGUCCUAAAUGGGCACAAUGCAUUCGUGUCUGGCAGUUUCAAGCAUGCUCUUGGGCAGUAUGUGCAAGCCUUCCGAGCAAAGCCAGAGGAGCCCCUGUACAGCCUUUGUAUUGGCUUAACCUUCAUCCACAUGGCCUCUCAGAAGUACGUGCUGAAAAGACACGCUCUUCUAGUGCAGGGCUUCUCCUUCCUUCACCGCUAUCUGGACCUCCGGGGACCGUGUCAAGAGUCUUUCUAUAACCUGGGCCGUGCCCUUCACCAGCUGGGAUUACUGCACCUGGCCAUCCACUAUUACCAGAAAGUACUUGAACUUCCUCCUCUCAUCUUAGAGGGUAUAGAAGCUGAUCAGACAGACCUGCGAAGAGAUACUGCCUUUAACUUGUCACUUAUUUAUCAGAGCAGUGGAAAUUUAAGAAUGGCGCAGAAGAUGCUCUAUACUUACGCAGUUGUAUGAUGAGGUUUGUGGCACAGGGAACAGGAUUGUUUUGCAUUAACUGCAUUUUACAGUGCCAGGGAGAUUGGUUUUAUGUACAGAUUUUUCUUCAAAAUCAUGGGACCAGAGAAUCAUGAUGGUUGGAAAAGACCUUCCUGGUCAGAGAUGUGACUUCUGCUGUAUCUGGUUGCAGGUUUUCUACUUUAGACAUCUGAAAUGGUAUUGCAUGUGGAAACAAGACAGUCUUGCCAUGCUUGAAUUGAGUGAGGGUCCAGUGUUAGGUCUGCCUGGCUUCUUUGAUGCACUGCCCAAAGUUAAUGUACAGUCCUGUAUAUAGAACUAAAAGCCCUGGGCCUCAGUCUUCACGGUUUGUAAAUCAUUCCUAAAGCGCAAUGUUCAAAGUCGCGACCAGUGGGGUUGUUGAAGAAGCCAUAAACACUGGUGGUGACUCCUUCCCUACCCCCGUGAAGCAUAAAAUGGUUACACAGAAGGAAGAAAUGGACUCAUACGCGAUGAUGGACCCACUCCAUGGUUCCAGGUCUGGAAAGUAGGAGUUCAUAUUUGUAGCAGGAAUGCUGUUUCAGGAAGGUUGAAUGAGAUGUGUACUUUUGCCCUGUUUCAAUGAGAUCAGUUUGACCUGCCCGUCUUAACUGUGUAAUAAAAAUUCUGAGGCUUACAAUAACAUUUACUCACUCUCUAUACAAUAAUAAUUUCGCUGAAUUGCAGUCAGUGAUUUAAGUAAGGAGUCUGUGAUGGUCUAAACUGCUUUUUAACUUAAGAGUUUUAUCUCAAAUCAGAUAUCAAAUAAUGUUAAAUAUAAGGCCUCAACUACUGAUCCUGCAGAUGGCAGCAAAGUAACAAAUUACAACUUUCCUGAAACUGCAA